CUUUAGCUAGUUUUUGACAUGCCACUAGAAAACACCUAAACUUUAGCAGAUAUAUUGGAGGUCGUACUCUGAAGUCAUCUCAGUCUCUCAUUCAUCUCUCCCCCUUAACAGUUAUGGAGGUGAAGGAAUCAGAGAUACUUAACAUGCUGCACCUCUCCUCUAUCUCCUUACGCCCUUUACUUUUGAUGUAAAUGCAGCUAAGUUUUCUUUCACUUGUCUAUGGGAAAGAAGGGAGGGUCCUCCUGGUUGACAGCGGUGAAAAGGGCCUUCAGGUCUCCAACCAAGGACAAUGAGAAAAAGAGUAGCAGAAGGAGAGAAGACCAUGAGCUAGAAGAAGAAGAAGAGGAAAAGAAGAGAGAGAAGCGAAGAUGGAUCUUCCGGAAACCUACUACUACUACUACUACUACUACUACUAAUCAUGUUCAAGUUCAAGAAUGUGAAACAAAGAUGAUAUCAAGUACUGCUGUACCCACAAAUCCCAUUUUGGUUGCUGAGCAGAGGCAUGCAAUUGCAGUGGCAGCAGCCACAGCAGCGGCAGCUGAAGCUGCUGUGGCAACAGCCCAAGCAGCUGUGGAGAUUGUCCGUCUCACUAGGCCAUCCAGCUUCUUCAGAGAACACUACGCUGCUGUAGUCAUUCAGACAGCUUUCAGAGGCUACUUGGCAAGGACAGCGCUUCGUGCACUUAAGGGUCUUGUAAAACUUCAAGCUUUGGUAAGAGGACACAAUGUUCGAAAGCAGGCGAAGAUGACACUGAAAUGUAUGCAAGCUCUGGUCCGAGUGCAGUCUCGGGUGCGUGAUCAGCGUGCGAGGCUUUCGCAUGAAGGGAGCAGGAGGUCAAUGUUUGCUGAAACCAACAGCCUAUGGGAGUCUCGAUAUCUUCAGGAAAUCAGACACAGAAAGUCCAUGUCGAGGGAUAGAAGCAGCAUAGCAGAUGAGUGUUGCGGCCACCCCCAUGGGAUUGAGGAGAUUGAAGCAAUGUUCAGAUGUAGGAAGGAAGGUGCAUUAAAACGUGAAAAAGCCCUGGCUUACGCUUUCUCUCAUCAGGUAUGGAGAUCAGGGAGGAACCCAUUUGCAGGAGAUGAAGAAGAUCUAGAGGAAAGAACAAAAUGGCUUCAAAGGUGGAUGGCAACAAAGCGAUGGGAAAGCAGCAGCAGAGCUUCUACUGAUAAAAGAGAUGCUAUAAAGACGGUUGAAAUUGACACUUCUAGGCCUUAUUCUUACUCUGCUAGUAAUGUUCGAAGGUCCUCAGUUUAUCAAAAUCAACACCUCAGACCACCCACCCCACAUUCCACUGCCUCUCCCUUCCACAAAGCGCACCACAACCUCUCUCUCCACCACUCACCUGUCACUCCCUCUCCUUCCAAAACAAGACCCCUGCAAGUCCGUUCAGCAAGCCCUAGAUGCCUAAAAGAAGAAGAAAGCCAUUCCACAGCCCACACCCCGAACCUAGCCUCCAUUCAUUGUUUCAAUGGCAGUAUAUGCCGCCAUGGAGCAAGCACAAAUGGGGAUGUUGCUAGUGCUGUAUUGCCCAACUACAUGGCUGCCACUGAGUCUGCCAAGGCUCGGGUUCGUUCAGAAAGUGCACCGAGACAGAGGCCCUCAACGCCAGAGAGAGAGCGAGGAGGUGGGUCGGCAAGGAAGCGGCUCUCUUACCCAGUCCCUGAGGCGCCAUUGAGUAGCACCAGCACUACUUGUAGUAGUAUGCUCAGCAAGAGCCUGAGAAGCCCCAGCUUCAAAAGUGUUCAUGCCAACGUCUCUUCCUGCUACACUGACAGCCUUGGUGGAGAGAUUUCUCCAACUACAACCAGUACCGAGCAAAGAGGGUGGCUAAGAUGAAUGGGGUGACUCAUGCUGAUGAUAGAUGAUAUUGUCCACUGCAAUGAUGAAUUUAGUUGUUAUGUAUUGUCUAAUUUGAAUAAGAGAUGUAGAAGUAGUUAAAGUUGAAGUUUGGAUAGGAAUGGAUUAAUUAGUACUGAAUUUAUUUUUCCCAGCCUAAAACAGACAUCAACUUUCUGCAGUAGCCCUAGGCAGAUCUUUUCAAACGGAACCAUAACUCAUCUCUUCAUUCCUUGUUCUAAUCUAAGUCCUUUCUGCACCA